UGUCAGAGUUGUCUUAGUGGACCAGAAACAACAGGUGUCUAACAAGUGUGACACUGAGCUCCAGAUAUUUCAGAUUCUUUUCUAAUUUCUUACAUUUUAUUCGUUAAUUAGUUUGAGUCGAGUAUUCAGAGUUCCAGGAUCAGUAACCUUCUGCCAGGUGAACAUGACAAACCAAUCGGCUCUCAUCCUGAGGACGGCCUUGCUGCUCCUGCUGCUGGUGGUCAGAGCAGACGCUAAGAUGGACAUCAUUUCCAGUAAGCAAGAUGUUCAAGUGGGAGAAGAAAUCUUACUGUUGUGCAAAGCUGGUGGAGACGGAGAUAUAACGUGGCGUAAGGAUGGAGAAGACAUAGAUGAUGAGGACAUUGUGCAGAAAGUGGAUGAAACCUCCUCUAAGCUGUUGAUUAAGAAGGCUACGAUGCAGGAUGCAGGCAGAUACACCUGUCUGUGUGAGUUCGACAGCGGCCACAAAGAUGACAUCCAGACAAUGCUGUAUGUUUAUGAGGGUCCAUCAUUUGGAAGCACCACGACCUACCAUGAGUUUCUGGAGGGCACAGAUGGGACGGUGCCCUGCCUGGUGGCCGGAGAGCCGGCGGUGGAUGUUCACUGGCUUAAAGACAAGCAGGAAAUCUCUUCUAAUGGGGGGAGACGUGUGCGUCAGAUGCCUGAUAACUCACUCCAUAUUGAAAAAGCAAAAAGAGACGACACUGGGACUUACGUGUGUCGUGCUCAGAUCAGAGGAAGGCCAAUCUAUCAGGAACUCUCUGUCUCUGUUGUCAUUAAUGCUCCUCCUACUGUGCGCCUCAGAGAGGAAGUGAAAAAAGUACUUGCCGGACCUGAAACCAACGUCUCUCUGCUGUGUUUGGUGGAUGGUCACCCAAAACCCAACAUCACCUGGACCAUGCCAGAGAGUUUUGACCCUUCCCAUCAUCACUUCAACUCAGACCGCAGCCAGUUGACCAUAUGGUCUGUUGCCAGAGCCGACUAUGGAGAGUACAUCUGCACCGCCACCAACAAAAUAGCAGAGAGCAGCGCUACUUUUAUGAUGCAUGUCUUCGAGGCCCCAGAGGUGUUUGUGUCUGUAGAGGAGCAGCGAGUGUCGGUGGGUGAGAGUGUAUCUGUGUCCUGUAAUGUGUCCGGCCAUCCUCAGCCUGAGCUGCACUGGCUCAACAAGCACAAUGGACGCACACUGGAUUUAACCACUGGUCGUGUCCGUGUGGUGGACGGAGUGCUGCUGAUUGAUGAGGUGAUGCCCUCUGAUGGUGGAUUGUAUUCCUGCAUGGCUGUCAGCCUUUCAGGAAAUGCAUCUCGAGAUGUUGCAAUAUACACUCAGCCAGGGCCUCCUCACUACUUCUCAGUCUCUCCGGGUCCCACCUCGGUCCUCUUCUCCCUCAAGAUCCAACCCAACAAUGGAGGAACUCCAAUCACAAGUUUUGUCCUGCAGUGGAGGCAAAAUCCAGCAGAGCAGUGGAAGGAGACCACAGUCCCAGCUUCAGAUGUCUUAGCUGUCACCGACCUCAAGCCGUACACACUGUACUCAGUACGUUUGGCUGCCUUGAAUGCAGUAGGACUGGGACAGUUCUCGGAAACAAGCAACGUUCGCACUCAGGGAAUACGUGAACCAGACUCCCCAGUUCUGUCAUCUCCUGGCAUGAAAGUUGAGGGAAACUCCUUCUCCGUCCCUCUGAAACAGACGGAUGAUGGUGGAAGUCCUGUGCUGCACUUUAAUGUUCGAUACAAACAGGAUAAAGACAAGACUGAGUGGAAAGAAAUGCAGCUGCCAUCCACCGCUGACUCUGUCUCCCUUAAAGAUUUGGCUUUCGGCUCAGACUAUCAACUGGAAGUCACAGCUAUCAACACUAAUGGUUCCUCUUUUCCUGCCACAUUCAACUUCACCAUUGCAGAGCAGCCAGUGAGCCGCAGCAUGACUAAAGGCACAGUGGUGAGCAUCGUCAUGGUGAUCUUCCUGCUGGUGUUUCUGGUGGUAGACGCCACCUGUUGCUAUAGAAACCGCUGCGGCCUGCUCAUGACCAUUGCUGUGAAACUGUUUGGACAGAAGGUUCCAGGCCUCAAAAUGAUUGAAGAAGGAGACGGAACCACUAAGGGAGAGGUAAAGCUGAAGGGUAUAUCCACUCCAAGAGGCAGCAUUCAGCAGGUGGGUACACUCACCAAGGAGGUCGGGCAACUCACAGAGGUCACAUGUGAUAAGGCCCCCCUCACCAAACAUGAGAAAACACAACCACAUAGACAACUGCCGGCUGAUGCAUGAGACCAGAAACUGAAGAACCAAGAAUCAAAGUGUAAAAACAAGUGAUUACGUACUGUGUAGACAACAAGAAGAAGUCAAACAAUCCCCACAAUCCACUGUGGGAAAGAGUGUGUGUUAAACACAACUGGGCUCAUCCAGACCUCUGUGAUGUUGGACUGAGAGGACAGAGGUUCUCCUCACACUUCAGCAGAUAUAAAGACUGACAGACAGGAGAUUUCCAUUUGUGCUAUUUUUUCUGCUCCAGUUUUGAAUAGCUAAAUGUCCUUUUACAGGGUGAUCUUGAUGUCUGUAUCUUACAGGGUAAAAUUAUCUAUAUGAUCUUCACAUCGCUUUUGUAAAAAAUUUCAACAAAUGUUUACUUCCUGCGGUUGAACGUUACACAGACACAAGGUCUUUUUUCAAAUGAAGUUUUAUUGUUACUAACUGUUUCACUGUGGCAGCUCCACUAACUAAUAUCAAUAAUUGAACAUUUUGUUUUUUAUUAUAUAAAACUGAACCCCAAUAAUGCAGAUUUAGGAACCAUUUAGUCUAAACUAAACCUAACUAAUGCUUAAUGCAGAGUUAUUUGUGCUGGUAUUUAUUGCUUUAAUCCAGAUUAUAAUCAAAGGAGCGACGUUCUUUAUGAGAGGCUUUGAAUUAAAAGCUGUAUUUUAUUUUGUGUUGCCAGCUUUGCUGUUAAGCACUUUCCUGUGAAAAGUUUUGAAUGGUCAGCUGCUUACAUCGACCACUUAGAAAACUUUUAAUGAGAAGCAACUUUAAUUUUGAAGUACCUGUAAUAAUAAUCAUGUAAAAUAUAAUUACACCUGACAAAAUGGAUUCAUGUAAAUUAUUUUGUAUUUAUAGCCGUAUUAUAGUGAUUUACAGUAAACAAGUACAUUCACAUGAAAAUAUUUCCAGCAUUUAACAAAUAUGUAGCUUUUCUAUUAAGAAGAUAUAGAUGUUUGUAGAUUUCCUCAGCAUUCUGACUUUGUUGUACUAUUGUAUUUAACACUGUAAAUACAUUGCUGUGUAUACACAUGCUGCAUCUUUCAUCGUUGUGUUUGAUAAAUAUUGGACUGGAAAA